AUGGAGAAUGAUAAUGAGAGAAAUAAUAAUGAGCAUAGACGUAAAUUAUUGGAAGAGAUAUUUGGUUUCGAAGAAGAUGAUAGUUUGAUUGGCGAAGAAUCAGAAGGUGAAGAACAAUCUGAUUGUGCGGCAGCUGAUUAUAUUAACAACAAUUUGGAAGAAUCCAAUAAUGUCAAUGCUGAAGAAGGACCUCUACCAGGUAUGAUAUUUAACAGUAUUGAGAGUCUGAUGAAUGCUUAUCAAGAACAUGCAAGAGUUUUAGGUUUCGCUGUUGCCAAGAGAUCAGCUCAUAAAAAAAGCGGUGAAAGUUACAAGUAUGUUACAAUUUGCUGUGACAGAGGAAGGAAACAACAAUUUGAGAAGUCUACAAAGAGGAUAAAUUGUCCGGCAAGAGUAAAUGCAAUUAGGAGAGACAAUGGAGUUUGGCAGGUUUCAAAAACAAAAUCAGAACACAACCAUGCAUUGCAACCUGAUAUGUCUAUUUUGAUGCCUGCCCAUAGGAAUCUGACAAUUAAAAUGAAGAGACAACUGGAAGCCAAUGAUAUUGCAAGCAUAAGGCCGUGUAAGAAUGUCAGAAUGAUAGAAGUUCAAGCUGGUGGGCCACAAAAUUUAGGAUGCUUGCCUAAAGACUGCAGAAAUUUCAUUGAGAGUCGGAGAAGGCUGAGACUAGGUGAUGGAGAUGCAGAGGCCAUUCGGAAGUUGUUUGUAAGGAUGCAACAAAAAGACGGGGACUUUUUUCAUUUGAUGGAUGUCAACGACGAAGGCAUGCUAACUAAUGUGUUGUGGGUCCAUCCUCGUGCAAAAGCCGCAUAUGAAGAAUUUCAUGAUGUUGUCAGUUUUGACACAACAUACCUUGUGAACAGGUAUAGAAUGCCUUUUGCUACAAUUGUAGGCAUAAAUCAUCAUGGACAAUCAAUUCUUUUAGGCUGUGCACUAGUUACACAUGAGGACACAAGAUCAUUCAAGUGGCUUUUUAUGAAUUGGCUCGAAGCAAUGGGAAAUAUUCAUCCUAAUGCUAUUUUAACCGAUCAAUGCGAAAGCAUCAAGUCCGCUAUCACUGAUGUUAUGCCUAACACUAUUCAUCGGUAUUGCUUGUGGCAUAUCCUUUGCAAACUGCCUCAAAAGUUUAGGAAUGUUGUUGAAUUCAACAAGGCAAUUAUCGAAUUCAAAGCUCUUGUAUAUGAUAGUCUCACUAUUGAAAUAUUUGAGAGGAAUUGGAAUGAAUUCUUGAUGAAGCAUGGAUUGGAAAGGAAUGAUUGGCUAAAGGACCUUUUUAAUCAAAGGCAAAGUUGGGCACCAGUUUAUCUGCAUCAUAAUUUCUGGGGUGGUAUGGUUUCUACUCAAAGUAGUGAGGGAAUGCAUGCUUUUUUUGAUGGUUAUGUUCACUCUAUGAGCACACUCAAACAAUUUGUUGAACAAUAUGAGAUUGCAAUGAGUACUAAGAUCCAGAAAGAGUUCCUGGCUGACUACGACUCGAAGUGUAAAGUGAUUAAAUGCAUAUCAGAGUUUGAUUGGGAAAUACAGUUCCAACAGGCAUACACAAAUUCAAUGUUCAAGUUAGUUCAAAAUGAGAUCAGGCGCUUGUUGUACUGCCAUGUUAUUCCGCCAACUGAAGAGGAAGCAAGGGCAGCAGCUACUAUGGUAGGUAUCGAAAAACAUAAAAUAAUGGAGAGAUGCAUAUUAAAUAAUUGGUACCAUAAGGAGUUUAGUUACACUGUUGAGUACAGAGAGAAUGGUGAUUAUUUAAGUUGCAAUUGCAAUAAAUUUGAAUUCAAGGGCAUACCUUGCUGCCACAUUUUUAAGUUGAUGUCCUUUAAAGACAUGAAAGUUAUCAAUGAGAGAUAUAUAUUAAGGAGGUGGAGAAAAGAUGUUGUCAGGCGCCAUUCCAAGAUUUUCUUUGCUGGAGGUUAUCCUCACAUGACUGAUGAAUUCAAGAAAUUCAAGGAAGUGGAAUGUUACUUUCAGGAAUGUACUGAUAUGGCUUUUGGUAGUAGAGAGAAGAUGGAGUUUAUACAAAGACGCUUGGCAGCUCUGAAGAAUGAUUUAAUUAAUUGGAAUGAUACUAUGGCUGCUAAUGAAUCUAUCACAAUAAACACAGAUCAGGAUGGAGAUCAGAAUUUGGAAAUUGGAGGUAUGCCAAUUUUGGAUCCAAAUGUUAUUCGUGGUCGUGGAAGGCCGAGGAGUAAUCGGUACAAAUCAUCACGGGAAGUUAAUCAAAAUAGAGGUAGGAUUUCAACUCGUGGAGGUCGUGGGGCUCGUGGAGGUCGUAGGGCUCGUGGAGGUCGUCGUGCUCGUGGAAGUAAUGAUGAUGAGAUUGAAGGUCAAGGAUCACACAUGAUAGAUUUGAAUGAGACUGUAGUUGAAACUCAAGGUAGCCAAGCAAUAUGA